AUUGUUUUGUAGCAAUUCAGCUACAAACGUAAGUAUACAUUAUGUAAGUAGUAGUUGUUUAUGAGUUUUUCCACCUAAUUUGCUAGUAUCGUAGAAUGUUAUCGCGCCAUAACAAGAACGCCUUAUGGUCAGCCAAAAAUGAUGGACGCUGAUUCGGUUAAGAUGGUGAACUUUGUGUCGGGACAGUCGGUCCAAGUGCUGCAGGAUAUAGACGAUAUUGUGGACACGUUGGCGUUGCUGCGUGGUGAGGAUUUGGCGCCCCCGUGUGGCCAAUCAUUGCCCAGCAGCUGUGACUGUGAGCCCUGCUUGCAAGUCCAAAACCACAUCCAGGCUAUGGAGCUGCAGGUCCAGUUUCCUCUCAGAAAAGCAGAGGAACUGCUCGAGCGUUUUAUCAAAAACCAAGUGAGAGGCGAAAGCAGACUUGCGUUAACCUCGCUGCAGAGCUUCAUCUACGCCUGUCAGCCUUACUUUAAUUUCCUGGAAUCCACUGCCCGAAACAAGCUGUUGCCUUUUGAUAUCAAGCGUGUGCAGCUGUUGCAUUUCUCACAGCAACUGUGUGACACUUUGGAACAUCUGGUGUUCACCUUCGCCAGCCACAAUCUUCUCAGUUUGGAUCAAACUGAGCCCGAAAAUCUGUCUCACUUCUGUGUCGGCCAAACCCAGAUCGGCCAACUGAGGCUGAGCACGUUUUUCUACUGUACGCCAACGCCGUACCUGGCGGAGGUCAACACCGGCCUGUUCAAACGCAUGCGGUGGAACGUGGAGAGAGGUGAUGGAGCCCGCAGUAGCGAGAGGGAACCUGAGACAGAGUACUACUUCCUGUGCUGCCAGGAUAUUCCUAACCCACAGGCAGAAUCAGGUGCAGACGUGGUUAGCUAUGAUUCCAUUGUUGUGAGGAUGUGGUACAUUGGUCAAUGGGUGCAGGUGAAGCCUGACCCUAUCACAGAGGACAUCUUUGACUGGAUCCUGUGUGACAUUCCUCAGGGUGCCUUCAACAAGUUGCUGUUUCUGGGCAGCAAAGAACCAUCGAGCCGCGCAGCCACUGAUCUUAUGAUUCAGCUGCUCUUGUUCCAGCAGGAUGAGUAAACAUUACUACAUUGUUUUGCACUGAUUCAGCACUUCCUACUUUGUAAUACAGGCCCCGUUUAGUGCAACAUUCUGUUCUGACACCAACUUUGUUCACGGUCUCAGCCAUUUGCAUUUCCUUAAUGUUUGUUUUGAUGCAACAAUCUUACGGUUUGGUUCAUUCGCCAUCCAGAAAAUGUAUAAAUAAUUCAUGUUUCAACUGUGCACAUUUUGUAUUGUGCUCGCUCAGUAUGUUUACAAUUUUGAAUAGUCAUUUUCUAAGUGUUUGUAAAUGUUUGUGCAGUUUUAAAGUUCAGAUUGUUUAAAAAGA